GAAGUAGUUUAGAAUCUCUGGUUUCGAUUUAUCGAGAACUAUGUAUCACCAGCGGCCAUAUUAAUUGCCGUUACGUUUAUUAAGAAACUUUGUUGUGAUCAAAAAGUCUGAAUUUGUACAAUUUUCUUUUUCAUCGAGGAAGUUAAACAUCUUAUAACAUACAAACAUGUCAAAUGAUGUGAACACCCAAGUUGAUAAGCCCAAUGAGGAAGAAAAUAUCGAUAAAGCAGAGGAAGAAGAAGGCACUUCAUCUAUUGAUCUGCAUGCGCAAGAAAGUGGACUUGUAUAUGGAGGUUGUGAAGGACCAAAUGCAAUGUAUGUAAAACUUGUCAGCAGCGAUGGACAUGAAUUUAUUGUUAAACGUGAACAUGCUUUAACUAGUGGAACAAUAAAAGCUAUGCUAAGUGGCCCUGGACAAUUUGCAGAAAAUGAAGCUAAUGAAGUAAACUUUCGAGAAAUUCCAUCUCAUGUAUUGCAAAAAGUUUGCAUGUAUUUUACUUACAAAGUACGCUAUACAAAUAGUAGCACAGAAAUACCAGAAUUCCCUAUUGCACCUGAAAUUGCAUUAGAAUUAUUGAUGGCUGGAAAUUUCCUAGAUUGUUAAAUGUCACAAAUAAUGUCAAUAACAAGCAAUUCAGCUCUGAGGCAUAACAAAAUUGUUGUUUAUAAUUUCGUUUUUUAAAAAAAAUUCGAUAUUGUGACACAUUUUUAAAAAAGAAUCAUACUUUAUAUUUCGCAGCAUGGUUAUUGUUUUAAUAAUAAAUAAUUUUAAUUGAUUAAAUGAUUUAAUUUACAUAAACAUAAACAACAUAAAUUUUAAAAAUUAACACAUUCAAUAUUAAAUAUUUAAAGUAAAAUAGGAAUUUCGAUUAGUAAAUGAUAUAAAUAUGCUGCAUGUAUUACUUGAUUACGCUUUCCAUAUAUUUCAGUAAUACAAUCAAUUAUUAUCUAAAGAAAAUUUGUAUUGGAAAAUGAUGUGCUGUUAUAAUAUUAAAUAUACAUCCAUGCCUGUCUGAUAUACAAUUAUAAGAACAGAUUUAUAUUAUGUACAAUUCGAACAAAUUUCAAUCAGUAAAUUGUAUGCUAAUGGAGAUUCUUAUUUUUGAAAGCAUUAUGUAUUGAUAUAUUGUAGUUAUAUUUUUUGUUACAUAUAAGAAUAUUUAUUUUUGGCUUCUAUUUAUGUUACAAAUUACUUCAUAUUUAUUAUUUUUUAGCAACUUCUAUAAUUGGGUCUCAUAUUUUCCAUAUAGAGAAUAACACAUAUUUAUAGGUAGAAUACAAUAUAAUUAGAAAUGUAUUAUGUGAUAUAAUGUAAGAAAAAGAACACACAACACAUUUUUACAAACCUUCAUAAAGAAGUGUAUCUGUGUGAGACUGUAUUCUAGUAUAGUUAAUUACAAAAAUAAAAAUUAA